ACAUACGUUACCAUCAACAUGAAGAAAUGGGAUUUUGCAGCUGAUUUGCCACAUUUCUAAAACCCUAAGUGCUUAAAUGUGCGGUGGAGGGAGAACUCUUGCUGGAAUUUAGCACCCUCACCGUUCAUAUUUAAAGAGGCGUUUUCUUCUAUAAGAUAGAAUCUGAAAACGUACGCAACAGUAACGACAGUCAGUGUUUUUUGAACUGAAUUCCGGUUGGCAAGGAAACUCUUGGUGCAGCAUUUAAGGGUGCAGCCCGCGGCACCAUGCGCCUGCCGCCAUGAGGUCUGGAGCGCCCGCGCCUCUCCUCGCCAUGGCCUUCAACAUUGUCCUCUGCAACCUCACCACCACAGGCCCUACGACGCGGACGGAGCACCUGCACCACCACCACGACUGGGGCCCCCACGUGGAGAGCUCCGAGGGGGGCAACGUCAGCGUGCGCGUCGGCCAGACGGCCACCCUCGACUGCCGCGUGCAGCUGCUGCACGACAAGACGGUGUCGUGGGUGCGCCGGCGUCCUGGGUCUGAGGAACUGCAGCUGCUGACGGUGGGCCGGCAGACGUACUCUGGGGACGAGCGGUACGCCGUCAGCUUCCAGUACCCGGACAACUGGAGGCUCACCGUCAAGGACUCCCGACCUGCGGACCAGGGCGACUACGAGUGCCAGGUGUCCACGCACCCGCCUCGCACUGUGCGUUACAACCUCCUCAUCAGGGCUCCUGAGGUGGAGAUUGUGGACGAGCGCGGCCGACCGCUGAGCGACAAGUACUAUGAGCCCAACAGCACCAUCCAGCUGUCGUGCGUGGCGCGACGCCGGCAGCCAGUCACCUGGAGGCACGGUGACGUCACCCUCAACUACGGCACACCUAGAGGUGGCAUUAGCGUGCGGACCGACCUGAGCCCCGCAGGCGCCAACAGCUCUCUGCUAGUGGCGCGCAUUGGCAGCGGUGACGCGGGGAACUACACGUGCGCCGUCUCACCGUCAGAGUUCGCCACCGUCACUGUACACGUUCUCGAUGGCGAACACCCAGCGGAGUUGCACCUCAGCCUCAGUCCGACGAUGCCGAGCAGGUGGCCCUUGUGCUCGUUACUGCUGCUUCUGGCUCUGGUCCUGAGGAUGGGCAGCUGAACGCCGACCCGCUGCUGUUGCCGCCUCGGCGGGAACAGUGGGCCGUCACCGUGGGCUCUGCACCUCAGGGACACUAACCUGAACAGUAUAGUGAGACGUUGUACUCCAGCAGCUGAGAGGAAACAUAUAUGCUCUUACCGAGAUUGUAUCCGACAACUACUGGUAUAAAUUGACCUCUAAUCUUUAUGACGUCAAAGAAACGGAAAGGAUGUGUUACUUUAGAUUCCACGUUACUGUGAGGAGAGCCACUAGGUGUCGCAGGAUAUAAAAGCUCUUGUGACAACAGUGUGAAUCAGUUUCAUUGGAGAUCUUACCGCCACAUAAGGCUUGCUGAUCUCGUAGUGUCAACAACUAUAAACCAGUGUGAGUUUAAUCUCUCACCAUAUGGUUACAACUGCUAAUAUGGACUCAAAACUCAGCUCAGUAAAAAAUGUUCCCUACCGAUUUUGUAGGGGAACUGGUAUCAUACCACACCCAUUAAAGAAAGUAACCAAACGUCAAUUUACUGAGAGUCGUAAUAUAUUGUCUGUAUACUGUAUU